CAGGUGCAUGGAGCAGAGGCUCGUGCGGUUUGAUACCUAUACUGCCCACCACCAGUCGCUUCUAUUAUUUCUCAUAAACGGUUGUUUCAUUUAGGAUUUAUCGAAUAUCGUUCCACUCAUGAAUGUUGACUUGAGAAUACUCUGAAGUGGACUAUAUCGGUGUGAAGGCUAACACACAGGGAUUCUGAUGCCUUCCAGACAACAAUCUACGAUGGGGAAUUGAAGAGGCUCCUAUCAGGAACAUCAUCUGCAGCAGUUCCCAGGCUGUGGACUGAACAGACACCAUGAAGGGUCUAUCAAGCAGCCGCAGUCACCACCAUGUGGUCACCUAUGACCCUGCUUCCUACGAUGCCCUAGGCCAUGGCCACCACCCUGAUCGCAAUCCCUACCUGAUCAAUCAAAUUGACAUGCCCAUGUCUCACCCCUCUGACCACCCCUACUAUGGCCAGGUCCAGAGCCACAUCCAGCAGAGGAACCACACUGCCUUCCCCUCAGACAGUAGUGUGGUGCCCUAUGGGACCUUCCCCAGACGACACUACAGUAGCUCACACUACGAGUUGAAGGAUCGGAUGGGGAAGGAUGAGUGUCCUGUGGUGCCCUAUGGUGUGGGUGUUGGUGUGGGUAACAUUGUCCCCAACAAGGGCGUCAACGUCCGCCUGCCAGUCAACCUGCUGGACCAGUUUGAGAGGCAGCCGUCGUUCACGCGGGAUGGGUACCACACGCUGCAGUACAAGAGGACGGCUCUGGAGCAACGCAGCGACAGCCCCGGACGCAUCCGCCACCUGGUCCACUCCGUCCAGAAACUCUUCGCCAAGUCCCACUCCCUGGAGGGUCCACACACGCACUCCAAGCAGGGCAGCAUCAAUGGCAGCAGGAAUAGCCCCGAGAGUGAGACGCCCCCCACGCAGAAGCACCGAAAACGCAGCAAGAGCAGGGAGCGCUGCAAGUCGGCAGAGCCAAAGCAAAGGAGCACCACCUCGGGCUACUGGAGCUCAGACGACCUCCUGGAUGACCGAGACGUCUGCCACAGCCACAGCCUGUUCCACAGCCCCACUGGAGUCAUGACCAUGGGCCGCCACCCUGACAAGUCCCAGUCACAGUACUUCAUGGAGGCCUACAACACCAUCAGCGAACACGCCAUGAAAACGUCGCGCAGCAAUAACGAUGUAGUAAAACACACCUGUGUCCCCUCCCAUAUCCCCAUAAGCAUGGACGCCCAGCUCAUGAAGAAGAGCUUGUGGUCGUCCAGUCUAACGGUGAGCAGGGCUCGCGAAGUCUACCAGAAGGCCUCAGUUAACUUAGAUCAUAAAGCACUAGUGAAAUCUGAGGCUUGUCAGCAGGAGCGCUCAUGCCAGUUCUUGCAGGUGCCCCAGGAUGAGUGGAGUGGCUUCUCACCUCUGGAGGGGAAGGAGGACGAUAUCCCGUGUCGGCGCAUGCGCAGCGGCAGCUACGUGAAGGCUAUGGCAGAGGAUGAAGACAGCGGAGACUCCGAAGAAAGUCCUAAGCUGUGUCCAAAGAUCCAGGCCCAAGGUCGACGGGCCAGCUAUCUCAAAGCCACCCAGCCAUCACUGACUGAAAUGACCACCUUAAAGAUCUCCAACGAACACUCUCCGAAGCUGCAGAUCAGGAGCCACAGCUACCUGCGGGCGGUGAGUGAAGUUUCCAUCAAUAGGAGCCUGGACACCCUGGACCCCAAAGGGCUCCUGGACCCCAAAGCGCUGCUCUCCUCACCCCAAUACCGCUCGCGAAACGAGAGUUACAUGAGGGCAAUGAGCACCAUCAGCCAGGUGAGUGAGGUGGAGGUGAACGGGCAGAUAGAGCAGGUGUGUGAGCAGAUGUUCAGCGAGAUGGAGUCGCAGGCCAUGGAUGCGUUGGACCUGCCCAUGCCGAGCUGCUUCCGCAUGCGUAGCCACAGCUAUGUGAGGGCCAUGGACCAGGGCUGCUCCGAGGAUGAGGGGAUGUCUCUGCUGCCCGCAUCACCCCCCAGGACCACCACCACCACUGUCAGGACCAUCCAGAGUAGCACAGUGUCAUCAUGCAUCACAACCUAUAAGAAGACCCCACCCCCGGUGCCGCCCCGCACCUCCAAACCCUUCAUCUCCAUCACAGCCCAGAGCAGCACCGAGUCGGCCCAGGAUGCCUACAUGGAUGGCCAUGGCCAGGGGGGCAGGGAUAGUCACCCGCAGGGAGACAUGACCAUCCAGUCAGGCCUGUCUAACUCCACAGAGAGCAUCGACAGCAUGAAGGCCCUAACGGCAGCCAUUGAGGCGGCCAACGCCCAGGUCCACGGCCCUGCUAGCCAGCAUGUUGCAAACAGCAGCAUCACCAUCACCACCACCACCUCGGCCCUGGCCCAUAUCACUGAGGACAGCAGGAAGGAGCAGGCCAGGCGGGCCAAGUGCCAGCUGUCCAUCGGCAUCCAGGUGGAUGGGCCAGAAGAGGAAGCUCUGGAGAUGGAGGACCAGUCCAAGUACCAAUCAAUUGGGGUCCAGGUGGAGGACGAGAGGGGAUACCGGCAGUUCAUCCGCUCCAACAGUGUAACGGCAGCAGUACAGGCAGACCUGGACAUGCCUGACAUAUUAGACAGCCCCCUGGACUCCCCAGAAACAGAUCUUCCCUUCUCAGGCUCUGUGUCCCGCAAGUACUCCCGCGAAGCCGCCACCUCGCCAGCCUCUGCCUCCACCGUCAGCAUCCAGGGCUCGGGCAACCACUACCACGCCUGUACCUCAGACGACUACGAUGACGUGUGCUUCGACCCGUCCAUCCUGCCCCCGCCUGACCCCUGGAUAGACAGUGUGACUGAAGAUCCCCUGGAGGUAGUCCAGAAGUCUGUGUGCCAGAGGGACGGACGCUGGUUCCUCAAGCUGCUGCAGGCCGAGACGGACCGCAUGAAGGGCUGGUGCAGACAGAUGAAGCAGGACGAACAGGAGAACGACCUGCCGGAUGACAUCUUGGGGAAAAUGAGGCUUGCCGUAGGAAGUGCUCAGCUCCUGAUGUCACAGAAGUUCCAGCAGUUCCGGGAACUUUGUGAGGAGAACCUGAACCCCAACGCCCGCCCGCGGCCCAUCUCUCAGGACCUGGCUGGUUUCUGGGACAUGCUCCAGCUGUCCAUCGAGAACAUCAGCCUGAAGUUUGAUGAGCUGCACCAGCUGAGGGCCAACAACUGGAAGCCCCUGGACCCCCCGGAGAGAAAGGAGAGACGGAUCCCCCCUCCUGUGCCAAAGAAACCCCCAAAAGGUCACCCUCCCCUGGCCCGCGAUAGGUCCCUGGAGAGCUCAGAGAAGCAGCGGCUGGAUGCGCGCAAGCGCUUGAUGGCCGCCAAGCGAGCCGCGUCAGUGCGGCAGAACUCAGCCACCGAGAGUGCAGACAGCAUCGAGAUCUAUAUCCCUGAGGCCCAGACCAGGCUAUGAGCUCCGCGGCAGGCACACCUUCACCACUACCCAUACAGACAGAUUAACUUACAUCUCACACACCGCUAGAUCUCACACACAGGUAAACGCACACAUAUGCUUUUAACGGUAUGGUUCCUGUGCGCACACAGACCCACACAGAUUUUGUAAUAUAACCACACUAACUCUUUUCUCUGUAGUGGGAAGAGAAAUGCCAACAGUAUAGUUGUUUCUUUUACAUAUUCUUGUCUCUCUCACAAAUUUGAUCCUGGUCUUGUUUCCAUCUAUGUAACAUAGAUCCUCGCUUGAAGAUGACUCCUUCGUGAUCCUUCUUUUAAAAAGUGUAUCACUUUUACCCAUAAAAGUAACAAAAAUCAUGAUCUUGUGAAAUGUAUAGCAUUCUUAAUCAAUGUAGACACCUGUUGAUAUCCUAAAAGAUAGCAAAUAAGUACGUUUGAGUAUUUGGUUUCUUUAGCUAUUUUUACUUUUACCUAAGCAUGGGCCAAACAGAAUCCCUUGCUUGAUGCCCCAUUCAACCUUCUCAAUAUUUUUUUUUUUUGGAUUGUAACAUAAUUGGCAAACGAACAGGGUUUUUUAUGCUUAAGCAAUAUUCAUUUGAAAUCAGAUCAAGUAAAUGUGUAAAACAACUGAACACUUUGGUUUUGAAGUCCCAUCUGUAAAGAUCAGAGAUUUUAGAUAAAGAGGAUGCCUUCCUUUCUGUAGCCAAUUCUGUUGGUUUUGUCUGCUGAUGCUGUCAAUUGUAAAGACAUAGUUGCUUAUUCUAGAGAAUCACUAUCUGUUUAAACAUUUUAAUCAUUAACGGUACAAGGACAACUAGAGACAAUUUUCUUUGAUACAUGUACUUAACUCUUCCUGGUGAUUUCCCUUCUGUAAAUUCAGACAGGUGUCUAAAGUAGAUUUGUAUGACAAGUGAGGAUCUUUGUGGUGAUAAGCAGCCCAAUAUGAAAUACCCUAAACACUUAGAGAGGGACACUAAAAAACAUCUCUGGAAUGCAAGUUGUUUAAUUUCUUAACAAUGUCUUUCCAGUAGCAAGUUCAGUGGCUUAAUUGUAUUAGUAAACUGUUUCUUGGUGUGUUAGUUUAAUCCCAAAUGGACUCCUGGAAUGCCAUGUGACUGUGGUUGAGCAGGCUUAGCUCUGUUAUUUCUCAGGAAGAGAUGGAAAUUCAGUCUGUCAAAUCAGGGUCUCCUAGUGGUGUGUGUGUGUGUGUGUGUGUGUGUGUGUGUGUGUGUGUGUGUGUGUGUGUGUGUGUGUGUGUGUGUGUGUGUGUGUGUGUGUGUGUGUGUGUGUGUGUGUGUGUGUGUGUGUGUGUGUGUGUGUGUGUGUGUGUGUGUGUCCAUCAGUGUUUAGAGUUGAGUGUGGGUCUCUUAAAGUGCUUCCUAAUUUCCUUGUUUGAUAUGUUGGCCUUUCUUCAAUACGGUCAAGUAGCCUCAUGAACAUAAUGUACAUAGUCAAAACAACACUUGUACUUGAAAAUAGCCAUGUGUGUGUUUGUACAGAAAUUAUACAUGAGGAUGUUCCUUUAAGCAUGCAGACAAUAUUAGAAAUACAAAAUCUAUACCUAAUUUAUACUUGUAUUUGUUUAUUUAUUUAACUAUUUAUUUAUUGAUGAUUUCGUUUUUUUACUGUUUGGAUUCUGUUUUAGUGGUCUGUCAUGCUACUCUGAUCUUAUGUUGUAUUGUAUGUGCAUACAUAUGAACACAGAAUAAAAUAAUUAUGAACUCUG